UUUGUGGGUCAUGUUACUCUCUCAAUAUAGUUUUAAUUUAAUUUUCAAAUUGAUAUUAAGAAUUGUGACUGUGUGUUUUGCGCUAUUUGUGUCUUCAGUACUGCAUCUACGCAUGCGUAGAAGAUCGAUAGUGCUGUCCGCCGUGGCGUGCGCAAACUCGCUGUUUACUGAAGAAUCGAAACACUGAAUGAUCGAUUAUAUUCAAGAUAUAUUCAAGAAAACAAAACGAUGGUCGCAGCAUGGAUAGAAGAUGAAUGUGAAUUGUGAUGGCAUGGUCAUGAGAAGUGUGUAUGGAAACUGAUGGAUAAUUCAUCUUAAGACAUUAGAGUGUAUGGAAUUUUAUGUUAUCCAUUAUGUCGCUGUCAGCUAAGGAGUUAUCGUCCUUAUUGGGAAUUCUGGGAGAAGAAAAUACUGAAACUCAGUCACUAGAGUCUCUGUCAGCUCAAUUACAUCAAUGCUUUAGUAAACAAGACUACUAUAAAGUUGGUUGUGCCAUUGUUCUUCUCCUUCAACAAGCUGACUUGCUUCCAAAACCUACUCAAAGGCUAGCCGCUAUCUACCUCCUCCAUGACCUGUAUAGAGGAGACUCUAUGGCUGUAAAUCCCUUUGCAACAGUAUUCAUCCAUCUUUUGCAUCCUCCUGAGGAAACAAAUAAGGGUUCUGCUCGCAAAUUGGAGUAUGCAGGCCAGCUACCAAGAUUAUGCCCGGUUGAGAAACACUUUUUGGCCCAGUUGAUGACAAAUCCUCCUAAAGAAAAGAUGUUUAAGAAAACACCAAGUCAAAUUCUUGGCAGUGAUAUUGGAAAUUUUCAUAAUGUUGACAUAACUGGAAUUCAACUUGCAUUAGCUGAAAGACAGUCGGAACUACCUCAUACAAGUCGUUCAGCUGUCCCUAUUGUUCUUCCUGAUGUUGAGCCACGAGCGGGGUCAAAAAAUUUAUAUCCAGAUUCAAGUGUAAUAAAGAAAACGGCUGAAGCUUUGUUGACUGGGCCUAAACCCUAUGUAGACCAGUGUUAUAAGCCUGAAUUUCUGCGCCUUGUCCCUCCACUUCAUAGCUGUGAAGAUGAGCUAGUAUGGUUAAAUUUGUCUAGCCCAUCUGAACAUAAAUGUGCAUAUGAUGUGACAAUGUGUGUAUCUAAUUGUGAAGGAGUUGAAGCAAAAAGAUUAAUGGCAAGAGCAUUUAAAGGGGCCUUGACUGUUCAGCAGCAGCAACAUUUGCGUGCUGUUUUAGACAAUGAUCCCAAACUUGUCUAUCAUAUUGGAUUGACUCCAAGCAAACUUCCAGAUUUGGUUGAAAGUAAUCCACUAAUUGCUAUUGAAGUUCUUCUUAAAUUAAUGCAAUCUAGUCAGAUUACAGAGUACUUCAGUGUUCUUGUAAAUAUGGAAAUGUCACUACAUUCUAUGGAAGUUGUUAACAGGCUUACUACUACUGUAGAUCUUCCUACAGAAUUUGUUCACCUCUACAUUUCCAAUUGCAUUUCAACUUGUGAAACCAUAAAGGAUAGAUACAUGCAAAAUAGAUUGGUCCGUUUGGUGUGUGUUUUUCUACAGUCUUUAAUACGGAAUAAAAUAAUAAAUGUUCAGGAGCUUUUUAUUGAAGUCCAGGCUUUCUGCAUUGAGUUUAGUCGCAUUCGAGAAGCUGCAGCCCUGUUUAGACUUCUAAAACAACUUGAAUCCGGAGAAGCUGGUGUUGUAGUAUCAGGACCAGCCAAAGCAAAACCAGAGACUUGAGCCCCAUAUUGUGGAAAGAAAUCAACCUUUGAUUUAUUGGUUUACUAAUCACGAUGUCCCAUUCAUCUCUCAGGAGCUCUCUUGAUAUUAUGGUGAACAAGAUAAGUUACCCAAAACAGUAGAGAGGGAAGAUUUAGUGAUUAACCAAGAAACUAGAAUUAUUUAUUGUUAUGGGACUGAAAAAAAAUUUAGGACUUCAAAAAUUGAACAUAUUUUUGUGUUGACUUUUAUACACUACAUUUCUGAAGGUGAAAUGUUUGUUUAUAGUAAAAAAAUUAUAUUUUAUUUGGUGAAAUAGACAUGAUUUUCUUUCAUGAGAGUAUUUCUGUAUGGUUUAAAAAUUUCUUCCCCCCAAUAGCUGUUCUUCCUCUAUACCAUAUUGAUAAAAUUAAAGACCACAAUAAAUGGAAAUUAAUUACAUUUAUUAAAUUGUAUAUAACUUACAUCAACAUUAAAUGAGGUGCAUAUAAAUGAAAGUGUUAUUAAAUGAAAAUUUGUACAUAGUUAUGAUUGGUUCUUUAAGUCAAUGUUUCUCCUUUGGUCACCCUUGCUUCUAAAUAUUCAACUCGCCUCUCUAAUGUAGUAAGUUUCUCAUUUAAAACAGCUAAUCGUGAUCGACAAGACAUAUCAAAUGAGUUCAAGAAGUCGGUUAUUUUUUUAAUGCUCCCUGUGAUUACUUCAAUAUAUUCACGGUUGGCCCAAUCUUGUUGAAUCUGUUUCUGUAUAGUUUCUCUCGGUACACUCGCCAUUCCAAUGCAGUUAGAUGAACCCACUGGUUGAAUCUUUCU